AGGAGGACGAGUCCGAGGCGCCGGCGGAGCCGCCGAGUCCCGCGGAGCCCGCGCUGCACAGCGGCAUCCUGCGCCUCGAGGAGCCGUUCUUCUUCGGGACCGCCACCGCGGCGUACCAGAUCGAGGGCGCAGCGGCCGAGGGCGGCCGGAAGCCCUCCAUCUGGGACGACUUCUCGCACCUCCCGCGCAAGACGGACGGAGGCGCUACGGGCGACAUCGCCUGCGACCAUUACCACCGAUUCCGCGAGGACGUGGAGAUGAUGGCCAGCCUCGGCGUGCACGCCUACCGCUUCUCGAUCUCCUGGAGCCGGCUGAUCCCGGACGGCGAGGGCGAGGUCAACGAGGAGGGAGCGCGGUUCUACUCCGACCUGGUGGACGAGCUCCUCGCGCACAACAUCACCCCCUGGGUCACGCUCUACCACUGGGACCUGCCCUCCGCCCUGGAGGCCGAGUUCGGCGGCUGGCUCGGCCCCAAGGAGAGGGUGACGGCGGCCUUCGGCGCCUACGCGCGGGCCUGCUUCGAGCUGCUGGGCGACCGCGUCAAGCACUGGGUCACGCUGAACGAGCCAUGGCGGGGCUGCCAUGUCCCGCCGCACCGGGCCAUGGCGCUGCAGGCUGUCACGGCGGUCGCUGUGCACGCGGCGACCUUCCGCAAUGUGGACCUCCCACACCAGGGACUCUACCACCUGUGCUGCUGCCUGUCCCAAUGCAGGGACGGCCGCCUGUCCCCGUGCGUGCCCCACAUCCUCCCGCCGGAGAGGGACACCGACGUCCGGGCGCUCCUGCCAGCGCGACUGGCGAGCGGCGCCGGGUUCCAGACGAAGAGCGUCUUCAUCCGCUUCUCGGACGAGGAGGCGGUCCUGGACGACGUCGUGCAGUUCCGCAUCGAGGGGGAGCCGGGCGCCGCGCCGCCGCAGUUGCAGCUGGAGGUGAAGCUCAUGUACGCUGACCUCUGCGACGGAGAGUUGCCUGCCGGUGAUCCGGAUGAAUCAGCACGCGCGGACGAUGUCGCGUUGCCGCGGGUGUCACCCUCCAAGUUGUUUGAGGUGCAGUUCCAGGAGCUGUCCAAGAAGACGUUUAGGCUCUGCGGCGCCGCCGAGCCCAUGCACGCGUACUGCCCCUGCGUGUUCGAGGAGAACUAUCGGCCUUCUGCAGCGUGGGCAUCAUGGUGCACUCCUGCCUCCUGGACUUCCGGCUGCGCCUCGUGCCCGCGGCGCUCCCCUUGUCGCCCUGCGCGCGCCCGGCCUCACGGCUCGCGCAGCGGCUGCCCGCGGACGCGGGCGGCCUGCUGCACGAGCAGGGACUGCGGCACGCCGGGCCGCGCUCGCGCGGGCCCGGGAGGCUCGCUGGGAGGCCCCCGCCCGGCCUCCCUGGCGGAGGACCUCGUCCGCCUCGCGCGGGGGGCGGAGCCGCCGAGGUCCCCGCCCGCCGCGCCCGCCGGCGGCUGCAGCGAGGGCUCCACGCCGCGGGACGCGCCCGAGAGCGGGGUCGCCGCCGCCGUGGACCUGCUGCAGCGCAGGUGCGUGGGGCGCCUGGCCGAGGCUCGGCAGGACCUCGUCGGCUUCUUGCAGGCGGUGCCACGCCACCAUGCAGACGACCACGCCCUCUCGGACGCGCACUCCCUGCCUGUGCCGCGGCGCUCCGCCAACGGCUACACCCUUCUGCUUACCAGCCUGGAGGGUCGGCGGAUUUUGUUGCGAGUGGUUCCCUUCUCGAUUACCUUCUGCAUCAUUGCCUCAUUCUUGUCCCCCUUCUUGUCGCGGCAUGUCUGCACCUUCGCCGAGCAGGAGGAACAGCUAGUGACCUUCUCCCUUGAACACGCAGAGUGCUUCUGCUGCAGCAACGGCCAUCGGCACCCCGAGACACAUGAUGCCAUACCGUGCGACAGGGAACUGAUCAGAGCAACCGUGAUCAACUGGUUUGGCGACGUGGACAGAUUCGACAUAUUCGUCCGAGAGAAGCUGCUGAGCCAUACGGUCAGGCAUGCCCGCAUUCCGUACCGUUACCUCGUUGCUUGCAUCGGGCCACCGAUUUUGUGGGACAUGGUCGGCAGGGUCGUGUGGCAUUUCAGAGCGGGCCAGGGCGCCUUGGCCUGGAGGCUGAUGCUCCAGCAGAUGUCCUUGGUGUUCUUGUUCAACCCUCUCUUCUUCAAUGUGGUCAUGAGGUCCUUCUCAAUGUGGUGCAAGCCUGGCGUGGCCCGCGCCCGUAUGGCCGUCCUGAGCGUUCUGACCAUGACAUUCGCCCACUUCCUGAUGUGGCUGUCAUGGAGGGCAGUGAUCCAUGCUCUCGGCAUCUACGGCUACAUCAUAAUUACUAUCACCUACAGCUCGGUGAUCUUGCUCAUCAGGUGCGUGGACACCUAACCAAGACGCACGGCUGACAUUUGACGGCCCUCUCUGCGCUUGGCGCCGUCGCUUGUCCCCCCGUUUGGUGGCGGCCACGAUUUCCCACCACCCGCGGAGUGCCCUGACCUGCUGCUUAGGCUGGCCCUUUCUGCUCGCACUGCCAAAUGCAAGCGCGUGGGCCAUGCCCCGCCUCAGAAUCUAAGGCUGAGUAGCCCCGCCCUGCCCUUCCAGCGAUGACUCGGACUGUUCACCGUCCGCGACGCCCCGAGUAUUAUUCAAUCGAUUCGCUCAUUCCGACGGCCCAUGUUGCAUGAUCGCUAUUGCCUCGCCGUGGGCUCUGGGCCAUUAGGGCGCCGCCGAAGAUGAGGAGGAACAAUUGUGUGAAGUUUAUCCUCGACCUCUGGCGGGCGCCUCUUUUCGUUGGCUGGCAUGGUCCGUGGCUCCGAUUUAAGAUGCGCCGACCGCAGAGGCCGCCCUACCAGCGUUCGCGCCGAGGUCACGAGCGCGGCACGCCUAGUGCUCCCCAGCUCCACCCAGGAUUGAGGUCGGGGCGCCAGCUGACGUAUGCAGUCAGCCUGUGCGUGCCAGGUGCUGCGAAUGAGUAGCUGAGGCGUAGGCGUUUUGAAGAGCAGGAGCGGGUGGGUGGGUGGGCGGUUCGCAUCAUCUGGGGCCUUGGGCAUCCCUAUUCUUAGCCGAGGCUGUCGCGCUUGAGAAGGGAUUCGCGGCGAUGAUUUGUGAGGCCUCGUGCAAUGUUUCACACAUCCAUUGUAGCAUUGAUUCCCAACCGUCUAUGCCUGCGCUGCAUCUCUUCGUGAACAGGCGUGCCUACUGCCACCGUUUUGACCUGAGAUCGAGUCGCUGCAGAGAGGGGCAGUGAGGCAAUUGAGUUCGAUGCUCGCGACCUCAGGCUUGAUUCUCGAUCGAGGGAGGUGGCCGGGCUUCGCCAUGUGCAAGCAGGGCACACAUGGCUCCAGUUCUGGCUGCUCUCGCCGCCCCGGGGAUCCGUCAAGUCCUUAAAUGUCAGAACCCAUGUUUCUUUCUCAACCAUCCUGUGGUGUUGGGUCCUGGUUUUGAAGAAACAGUGCCCCGCGUUCCUUCGUGCAACGCUUACUGGUACCGACUGCGGAGUCGGCUGGAACCAAAGAGCGCGCGUGGCGCGCGGUUCUAGUCCCGAUAGCAUUCCAAGAAAGGACGAUGUUUCAAGCCAGACUAGUACUGUCAUCAGAUUCGUCAAGCCGCGUUCCGAAUCAGUACCAAAUGUUUCAACGAUGGGCAUAUUGAAGGUAAGACCUUGGGGUAGGG